AUGAAUUCUAGUAAUAGUAACACGUUACUUCGAAAUCAAUACUCACCCGUCUCAUCGUUUAAUUCUCUCCAAGCAUUCUCUUGGGAAUGGGAUAACAAACUUGUUUUGGAGCACAAUUCACUUCCAUUCAAUGUCAAUGAUUCCCAAGAAAUGCUACUAUUUGACAUCCUAGCAGAAAUUGCAAGUGAUGACUCCAAUUCCAAUUCUUCAAUAAGUUGUAAAGAAGAAGAGGUUACAUCAAAUACGAAAGUCCAAAAGAAGGAAAAAUCCUAUAUCGGUGUUAGAAAGCGGCCAUGGGGGAAAUACGCAGCCGAGAUAAGGGAUUCUACUAGAAAAGGAGUACGAGUUUGGCUUGGAACAUUCGAUAGCCCGGAGGCUGCUGCUUUAGCUUAUGACGAAGCUGCAUUUGCAACACGUGGUCAAUCUGCAGUCCUCAAUUUUCCGGUGGAGAGAGUGAUCGAGUCGCUCCAAGAUAUGAAGAAUAGUUGUGAUCAAGGAGAGUGCUCUCCAGUGAUUGCACUGAAGAAGAAGCAUUCAAUGAGGAAAAGAUCAUUUACUAAGAGAAGGAAGGCAAAAGAGGCUAAGGUAGAAAAUGUUAUGGUAGUAGAGGACUUGGGAGCUGAAUAUUUAGAGAAACUUUUGAGUUUUAGUGAAUAA